UAAAAUAUGCGAUAAUAAAAUGGAAACGAACAAAGGGAGACGAAGAAAAGGUCACUCUUUCUCCCUCUCUCUCCUUGUGGUGGUUAAGCAGUGUAGAGAGCUGAGCUUUGCUAUAUAGAAUAAUAUAGUUGGAAGAUAAAAAUGAUAUAUAUAUAUAUAUAGAGAGAGAGAGAGAGGGAGAGAGAAUGCCCAGAUAAAAGCUAACUUGAGUUAGUCUUAGAAUUGGUAAGAAAGCGUUUCAGAGAUAAGAAGAAGAGAAGGGAAAAUUGCCCAAGUGAAAGAGAGGCCAAAAAAAGGAAGAGAGAGAAAGUGAGAGAGAGAGAGAGAGAGAGAGAGAGAGAGAGAGAGAGAGAGAGAGAGAGAGAGAGAGAGAGAGAGAGAUGGUGGGCUCAGGAGCAUCAGAUAGGAGCAAAGAAGCUGUUGGGAUGAUGGCCCUUCAUGAGGCCCUCAGAAGCGUCUGUCUCAACACAGACUGGACUUACUCUGUCUUCUGGACCAUCCGUCCUCGCCCAAGAGUCAGAGGCGGUAAUGGGUGCAAGGUUGGAGACGACAACGGCAGCUUGAUGUUGAUGUGGGAAGAUGGGUUUUGCCGAGGAAGAGUUUCAGAGUGUUUGGAAGACAUUGAAGGAGAAGAUCCUGUCAGAAAAGCCUUCAGCAAGAUGUCCAUUCAGUUGUAUCAAAAAAAAAAAAAAAACUGAUUUGAUUAUUGAUUAAUUGGAGUUAACAGGUUAAUGGGAAAGGUUGCAUCUGAUAAGUGCCACAAAUGGGUCUUCAAAGAACCUACAGAAUGUGAACCAAACAUCUCCAACUACUGGCAAAGCUCUUUUGAUGCUCUUCCUCCUGAAUGGACUGAUCAGUUUGAGUCAGGCAUCCAGACAAUAGCUGUAAUUCAGGCUGGCCAUGGUCUUCUUCAAUUAGGCUCUUGCAAGAUUAUACCGGAAGACCUUCAUUUUGUGCUGAGAAUGAGGCAUACUUUUGAAUCACUCGGAUACCAAUCCGGUUUCUACCUUUCCCAGCUGUUUUCUUCAAACAGAAACACAUCCUCUUCCACUUCAAUCCCUUCGAAACAAUCCGCCGUCCCGAUCCGCUCUCCGCCUCUCUUCAAUUGGGCGCAAAGGCCACUCCACUCCCCAAACUCAAUGCUUCCCUCACCCAAUUUUCAAACCUCACCAAGAGUUGGCUUCCCACAACCCAAAGACGAGACACACAUGUUCCUCCUCCCCCACGCCUCCGAGACCACCCGAAUCGAGGAUGUGAUGGGGGACCAGCACGAGGGCGACAUCAAAUGGCCCAACGGCCUGUCCUUCUUCAAUGCUCUCACGGGAAGGACCGAUGAUGCUAAGCUUCUGUUCAACCCCGAUAACUUGGGAAAUAAGCCGGAGAAUCAAAACCACCAUCCCCUCAUCCCAAGCCCGAAUUCAGACGCUCCAAGCAUGCACAAUGCCGCUCACGGAAAUCCUAAUGAGUUCUUGAGCUUGGAUAGCCAUACAGGAGAGGGUAGUAGGAAAAUGGAGAAUAAUAAGUUCAAGAGGAGCUUUACUUUGCCUGCUCGAAUGGCUUCGUCCUCAUCUUCGACUUCAGUUGAUCACCAUCAGCACCAGCAGGCGGAGUACAGGAAUUCCGAAGGCGGGAUGUACACCGAUGUCAUGGACACCUUCUUGGAGUGACAUUGGGAUUUUAGGGCUUGUAUUAGUAGGGCAAAGGGUUGGGAACUUGUUGUAUCUAGGCAAAAGAUUUUCAGUUCCUUUGCUACUCAUAUAGUCAUAGGUUCUGAUCUGAUAGUUUUUUGUGAUUUGCUUUUAUGCUCUCAAUAUCUUGUGUUUUGGUUCCUCCAGUUUCCUAGACUUUAAAUGUUGAUUAGUUGUAGUUCAUCCAAAAGACAAGUUUUUCUUCAUAUUUCUUUUGCUAAAA